AUGCGAAACGCCUCGCCAUCCUACCAGAAUCCGGUUUAUCAAACCAAUCCCGUAAUACCAUCUAAGCGAGCCCGUCCUCACGAAGAUGCCAUCGCCUCGUCGCCCCGCCAGAACCCUGGCAUGCUGCCGCCUUCGCGCUCCGACACGCCCCAGCAAGGCGCGUUCUCCGGCUUCCAGCCGACGCCCCAACAGAAUCCCGGCCAGCCGCAAUAUCCUCAUCUUCAACCGAAUGGAUCAGCGAAUGCGACCCCAUCUCCGAUGAUGGGAAAUCAACAGAUACGUCCCGGAAGCGUACCCCAACGCGUCUCAACAGCCUCACCUCAUCCCUUCUCCCCCAGCACGCAGCAUUUCGCGCCGCAAGGCUCGCCUGUACCAUCCGACCAUGGUGGCACACCGCAGCCCAACCCUUACAUGCAAAACAUGAACCCUGGCUUCAAUCCAAACAUGGGCGCCAUGCAGACUCCCUCACGCCCAUCUCAGAGCCCGAACCCGAUGGCCGGCGGGAUGCCCAUAAUGCCGCAGCAGAUGGGCCAGCCAAUGGCUCAGCAGAUGCAAAUGGGCAUGGCUCAAGGGAUGAGUCCGCAACAAAUGGCGCACAUGCAGCAGCAAAUGAACCAGAUGGCGAACCCAAUGUUCCAUGCUCAUAUGCAGCAAGCACGAACUCCUGCUGAGCAGCAGAAAAUCUACCAGAUGCAGCUCCACCGUCAAAUGCAACAGGGAAACAUGCAACAAAUGCCAAAUAUGCCCAAUAUGCAGAUGCCGCCCCAGAUGCACCCCCAAAACAUGCAAGCUGGGCGCGGUAUGAUGGCCAAGCAGCCUGGCGCUGUCCCCAAUGGGCACCAGGCCCAGCAGCCCGGCAUGAGACCACAGGCUCGCCCGAUGCCCCGGACGGAUCCCGACUCCUUCAUGAAGAACUUGACAACAUUCAUGAAUGCCAAAGGACUCCCGCUUGAUAUCAGCCCUACCAUUGCUGACCGCCAAGUGAAUCUCUUGUCGCUCUUCCAACAAGUUCAGUCUCGAGGUGGUUUCAAGGCUGUUAGCUCCUCGAAUAACGGAUGGCAGUUCAUCUCAAGCCAAAUUGGGUUCCCGCCGAAUCAAAUACAAGCUGCGCCACAAAUGCUUCGGUCGAUUUACGACCAAAAUUUGCUCAAGUUCGAGGAAGCUUGGAUGGCUCAGAACCAGCGCAAGAUGAUGCAGCAGCAGCAACCUCCUCAUACCCCGGGCCAGCCCCAGCCACCUUCUCUUCAACAACAGCAGCAGCAGCAGCAGCAGCAGCAGCAACAACAACAGCAGCAACAGCAUCAGCAACAGCAGCAGCAACAGCAACAGCAACAGCAUCAGCAACAGCAACAGCAGCAGCAGCAGCAGCAGCAGCAGCAACAACAGCACCAACAGCACCAACAGCAGCAGCACCAGCAACAGCAGCAGCAACAUCAGCAGCAACAGCAUCAACCGCCUCGACCACAGCAGCAACCAGUUGCUUCCCAGGGCCAAGGGCUUCAGUCUAACCAAAUCCCCGCCACACCAACGAAGCAGACGGGCCGUGGCCAGGCGCUACAUGUGCAACAAAGCCAGUCUCCUAUGCCCGGUCCCGGACCGCGCCAGCAGACGCCCAAGGCCAUGCAGCAGGGCCAGCAACCCGCGGUGAACGGGUUUUCUGGUGCUCACGGUCCUCAGCCUGGGCAAGUCGGAACUCCUGGUCACCAUCCUCGAAAUAGCGUGUCGCGAAACAUCGACCCUGCCACUGGCGCGCCGACGGGUACGUUCCAGAUGCCAUCGCCUGGCCCCGGAAAACCCGUUCCAAUGCCUUUCGCGCCCUCGGCUGAGGCCGCAGCGGCCGGGGCCACGCCCGGGCAACCCUUUCCCCGUCCCAUGCCCCACAAUGACGAGUACGCGCCAUGCUCUCGACAACAGUCUACAUACGGCGGUGUAAACCCCGAAUCUGCCAAUAAACUUGGCAUGGAACUGGAAAUAAUGAGGCCGGACAUCCCGCCUGUCGAUGAACUCGGAUUGAUUGAUAUUCAGUCCUUGACGCGGAGCAUCCAAAGUGGCAUCCACGGCGAGGUUCGCCUAGCGCUCGAUACACUGGCGGUGGUUUCCAACUCGCCGAUGAGACAUCAUUUUCUUCUUUUGCAGCACUGCGACGAUCUCGUUGAUGUUCUCCUCGACUGUGCGGAGGAGCAGGUGGAACUGCUUGCGGAGCACACAGUCCAGGUGUCGGACGAAAUUCUUCUCACGCCCUACGAAGAUGUUAUUCGUGCUUGUCGCGUUGAACACUUGACGGUCCGUGAUGUCCCUGUAUUUGGCUCUCAGGCUUACGACCUCGAUCGGGCAGUCGACCGCUUGAUCUGCAUCACGACAAUCCUCAGGAACCUCUCGUUUCCCGGAGAGGAAAAUCCCAAUCAUGCCAUCCUCGCUGAUGAGGAGGUCAUCAAGUUUCUUUGCCUUGUUAUCCGUUAUAUUGGAACCCGCACAAUGUUGCUCCGGACCCACGCCAACACUCUUGACUUUAUGAAAGACGUGGUUGUGCUCCUCUCGAACACCUCGGUUCACCUCGAGAUCCCCGGACGUGAACAGGCCAUGUGUCUCUUGCAGUUCCUGCUUGCUUUUGCACCGACCCCCGGCCCUGCGCAAGCCGAUAAUUCGAUGUACUUCAUCUCCUACGACCCGGCACUCCACCCUUACCUCCCCCAUGCUGUCGACUCCCUGGCGAAGCUUCUAGCGCGAGACGAACCGAACCGGUCACAUUAUAAGCUCAUCUAUGCUACUGAUGCGGACAGCUCUACCCCUUAUGACUUGCUUACCCGCUCCUUCGGGCUUGCUAUCGCUCCCAUUCCCGACCAACCGCGUGACGGCCGGCCACCGCAUCUUCCUCCUCUGGUUGAAGCGAGGAAGCCUUUUGUCAUGCAGGGACUUCUGGCAGCAGAGGUUUUGGCAUCCAUUGCCCCCGGCUGGGAGGCAGGUAUUGUCAGAUCGUGGCUGUCGUGUAACAAUGGCCUCUCCCAAAAGAUCUAUCGUCUCAUUCAGCUAGUGGCAAGCCAGUUUGACAACCCUCCGCGGGGCCCUGGUGGCCGUGGACAGCCUCGGCCAGAUGAUUCGUUAUUGUGCUUGGUUGUGUUGGGUGUUAACCUCUUACGCCGCCUCAUGGAACGGUCGAGGGACCCCAAUAAUCCAACCACAAUUCCACCCUCGGCCCUACCUACCUCGGAUUCCGUCCUUUCAGCGAUGAUGAUGACCUCUCCAGAGUGGACCAAGGAAGGCGUACUGCAACAACUUUUGAGCUUUUGA